AUGAUGGCAGAUUUCAUUACUACAGCUCAUACAGCCCUGAAGAAUCGUAACGAUAUCUUCAAAAAGAAAGCCGAUGGUAUCCUCAGUGGUAUCAUUCACUUAGUAUCGAUUAAUAUUGCCUUCUCGGCCAAUGGUCUAGCUAAGCUUGGCGCGGAAAAGUUCAAUAACGAUAUCUUUAACGGUGGUCAGUUUAAAGAUAUGACUGCCCCAUCGGAGGGCCAGCUAGCUGAAGACCAUCAAGGCCUUAAUGCUUCGGAAGAUUGGGUUCCUGAGUUUAAGCCCAGCAGUGGUGGCAUCGACGGUGUUCUCACUGUGGCUGGUGACAGUCUCGAGAGUAUUGAUAAAAUGAUCCAGAAGACAUUUGAUUAG